UCAGUCGGCGGAUCUCCUUCCGGCGAACCGCAAACGAUCCUCCUUCUCGCUCCCUUUCGUCCUCGAAUCUCCCACCGCGGCACAUUUUUUCGACCCCGAACGAUGCCGAACGUGUGCGUACGCCUGCGUACACGCCUUUACUACUUGCUACUACGGUUUUACUACUGAUACUUCCGGGCUACUACGCGCAGUAGCGAGGCUUCACGUUUUCUGCGCCCUCCCGCCUCUCCCCACCGCUUGGCCACCUCUUCUUCUUCUUUUUCUUUUUCACCCACUGGACAGUGGACGUUACGGUUUUGAUCGUUCGACCUGAUCUCGUCCAUCUCAGUUUAAGAGAUUUUUUUUUCACUUCUCGUUCGAACGUUAUCGAUGCCCUACAUUGUUUCGAAUCCAAAUUUAAGUCCUUUCUUCUCCUUUUGUCUAGGAUGAUUCCGCUCUUUGCCUGAGGUGGUUUCUUCUUCCCCGUUGGAACUGGGAAGAUUGAUGAACAGGAUUUUUAGUUUUUGGAGGUACUUUUUCCUCGGAGAGUAUAAAUGUAAGAGAAGAAUUGGAAGAAUUCUGGUCCAACGCUAUGAUCCACAAUACCAAUGUGUUAUAUCAAAAUCAUUAAUCAAAGCUAUUGCAAUGUUUUUUACUUAAUGUCUUGAAUAUCAAAUAUUUUCAGCAUCUGCUAUUAACGUUAUAAAACUAAGAAACUUGUUGGAAGGCGUUCCAAAUCGUUUUUCAUAAAAGCCACUCGCCAGUGGAUUUCAUCCCGAGAGGAGGAAAGUUGUACCGUGGUGGCUGAUGGAGCUGUGCCAAAUUGAAACAAGAACCACGUUAAAUCGGCCGUCUUCCGAAUCGAGCACAGCGGGACACGUUUUCGACGUUAGGCCAACCCUUCGCUCUUCGUCCUCGUUUUUCGACUCUUAACCGGCCUCCUCUUGGUUCCCCGUGGUCUGCCCACUUCUCCGCACGCGAAAUGGCCACUUGAAGCUACGAAAGUAAUUCAUUUAGCGCUUCACGCUGCGUUUAAACCCGGCCCCUGCACAGGGACCGUCGGAAGAUAAAUCUCUUCUCUCUUCAUUCUCGUUUGGCGACUCUGUCUGUUCCAGCGAACAACUCAUCUUCUAUUAAGAAUAUCGACGAAGCAAUUACGCGGUUAUUUUCACUGAACUUUAAGCUAAAAAUUGAUGUGUCAUAAGCGUUGUUUAGCAAAAAUUUUCUGUCAUGAAAUUAGGCCAGAGUAUCCAUGUUCCAAAAUCAAUCUGAUGCGGUGUACACAACUGUAACAUUAACACUCUAAGCACCACGUCACCCAUACAUGGGUGACGCUUGAAUUUCAAUAGGAAUCCAUCACUUAUAUUAGAAAUUCUUUGACUUACUUAAUUGGAAAUACUUGUAUUAGAUACUUGAAAUUGUGGAUAAAAAUAUAAUGAAAUAUUUUAAGGAUAACAUACAUAAAAUUUCUGAAGAUAAAUGGAAUUUUCAAUGGUUUUAUGUAUGAAAUCAUAUGUUAUUAUAGAGCAUAUAAUUUUGUAUAAUGAUCGUUAAACCCCAAUGGCAAAUGGAGGCAAUAACGAUAACGUUGGUGUCGCUUAUCAGAGGAAGAUCGACGGACUGGUUGAAAAUCGUCGUCGAAUCAAUUGGCGAUUUAACGAUUGGCAACGACGAGCCGAGUGAACGCGUUAAUUGCGUUAAAACGUUGAAACAACGCGAAACGAGAGGAUCCACGAGGGUGGCCCGACACGGGUCAGGACACCAGCGUAAAAUUCAGGCGAAAGGUCGCCACGCUUGCGCCCCGCAAUUUCGUUCGAAACUCAAUGAAACAGCACCACGUUCUAAUACCGCGCCGACCUGCCACAGAAAAGUGGCCCCAUUCGAAUUAAUUGCUCGCGAAAUAAUUUGCCUAAUACCGGCUGAAUAAGGUCCUUGAUGUUUGGGAGGGAAAGUCUGAAAGCAGGCUGACGUGUUCAUUUUGAACCUGGAUGUAAAAAAGGAACGAUUGGUAUUUCUUCUCUUCAUCAAAAUGGAAGAAUAUAAAAAUAAUGGCAAUUUUCAAUCCCCCAAAUCAAUCCACCGGUAUUUGAGCUCUCAGUGCCAUUAAAUUACAAUAAUUCAUUCCCCAUAGGGUUGCCACUAUAUUGCCAUGGCUCAAUGAAGAAAGUUUGAAUAUAAUCAUGGAUGGCAUCCAGUUUGAGGAAGGCUCUAAAAAGUGUAAUUUGAAUGCUUAGGACGUUAAUCUGGAGCCUGCAUGCGCUAUUAAGGUGCUCCGCAGUAGCUUGAAGCUACUAGACACCUCCAACACCAUCGUUACCACCAUCGCCAACCCCCAUCACGGGUAACGUCACUACGUGCUACGGCGUACGAAUCGUUACACCUUCCAACCACGGUUCAGACGUCGAGUUUCAUCGUGGCGAGGUUUGUCGGGCUUGCCGGUGGAGGCGAGACGCGGUGAAGAGAUAAAUAAGUGGAUGAACAAGGAGAAGGUACUGAGAGUUAGGGCUGGUUAGGAGAAAUCGGAGAUUAGAGAGGUUAGAAGAGGAGAAAUGUGAAAUUAUGAAGGUAACUGUGAUGAAAAUGUAAGGUGGAAGAGGUGUGAAGAUAGCUGAACAAAAAAAGAUGCUUGGGGAAGAUUAAAAAGUUGAAAAAUAUGGAUAAUUAUUGAAGAAGAAAUGAGAGAUAUUCAGUUCAAGUUUAAUGAAUAAAGAAAUGGAAGUUUAUAUAUAAAAGAAAAAUUAAUUAUUGCAGUAUAAGAUGAAGAACAAUAGAAAUGGCACUGAGAGUUAGAGUUGGUUAGAAGAAAUUGAAGAUUAGAGAAGUUAGAAGAGGAGAAAUGUGAAAUUAUGAGGGCAACUGUGAAGAAAAUGUAAGGUGGAAGAGGUGUGAAGAUAGCUGAACAAAAAAGGAUGCUUGGGGAAGAUUAAAAAGUUGAAAAAUAUGGAUAAUUAUUGAAGAAGAAAUGAGAGAUAUUCAGUUCAAGUUUAAUGAAUAAAGAAAUGGAAGUUUAUAUAUAAAAGAAAAAUUAAUUAUUGCAAUAUAAGAUGAAGAACAAUAGAAAAGACACUGAGAGUUAGGGUUGGUUAGGAGAAAUUGGAGAUUAGAGAGGUAGAAGAAAAGAAAUGGGAAAUUAUGAGGGUAACUGUGAUGAAAAUAUAAGGUGAAGGUAGCUGAAUAAAGGAGGAUGCUUAGGGAUGAUUAAAAAGUUGAAAAAUAUGGAUAAUUAUUGAAGAAGAAAUUGGAGGUAUUCAGUCCAAUUUUAAUGAAUAAAGAAAUGAAAGUUUAUCUGUAAUAGAAAAAUCAAUUAUUGCACUAUAAGAUGAAGAAGAAUAGAAAAAAGUCUUCAAGAGGAAAACAAACAUAUGAAUAAGAAGAAAAUAGAAUACAAUUGAGCAAAGCUCAACUUAUGAGGAUAAAUGUGAUGAAAAUGCAAGGUUAAAGGGGUGUGAAGAUAACUGAAUAAAGGAGAAUGCUUAGGGAUGAUUAAGAAAUUGAAAAAUAUGGAUAAUUAUCGAAAAAGAAAUUACAGUCCAUUUUUAAUGAUUAAAGAAAUAAAAGUUUAUCUGUAAUAGAAAAAUCAAUUACUGCAAUAUAAGAUAAAGAAGAAUAGGAAAAAAGUCCCCAAGAGGAAAACAAACAUAUAAAUAAGAAGAAAAUAGGCAACUAUUGAGCAAAGCAGUAGAUAAAGUGGCUAAAUAAGCGAAGGAACAUCGGAGCGGAUGAAAGAGUAGCAAGAAGAGAAGCGAAAGAAGUGAACUGAAAGCACUCCGGGUCACAAUACAAACUACCCUCGUGAGGAGAGGAGAAAAAGGGAAUAGACAAGUGCCGAAAAUUUCAAGAACCUUCAACUGCAGCAUCGCUUACCCAUGUCUUCUUUUUCUCAGCCACUAGACUCCACAUUUCCACCUUUCAGUGAAAUUUAACUUGUUAAUAGAAAUGCAAUGACAAAUUCGCAAAGAUGCAGAUGAAAAAAAAAUGAAUGGAAUCACUUGAAAAUUAUCCAGGUAACCUUACGAGUCCUCUAUCAGACCCUAUACUCUUCUUUCCUUUUUUCCCUCCGCAGAGUUCAACCAGGCUCAGUUAAAAUCACAUCACACGUACAAUGGAAUGCCUAACCAACCGGUCGCCAAGAAAUUUCUAUCUUCGCCAUUGAAAUUUCCCUCUGAAGGGAUAAUUAGAUAAAAGCAGCCAGCACACAGGCUGGACCAAUCUCAAGAACCCAAGAUCCACUAGCAAAGCACACUAACUAAAUAAGGUUUAUGGGAGGCGGGUUAAGUUCAUGGAGUGCGACGUUCGGGCAAGUAGAGAACCUCCCUUCUCUCCCUUGGAGUGUGAAAUGGCUUUAGCAGCUACAACGUCAAAAACCAUUGCCACCAGUCACUGUCCUGAUGCACAAUGAAGGUACAGGAGAAGCCUCACAGUCAUUGCUAUAUUGUCCCUCCAUCCCACUUGUCCAAAUAAAAAAAUGGGCAGACAAACGUAGGUGUUUACCAUCAACUUUUAUUUGAAACGUGUACCAGCGAGGUCGGCUGUGCGAAGCCUUUCAGAGGGAAACGGUUUAGGGCUUAGAUACAUAAAACAGGAUCAAGGAAAAGUACAUGGUAUCACGUUGUUGAGGAUAAAGGUAUAGAUGUCAGGACCCAAGCGGUUGCAAUUAUAGGAUAGAAUAUGAAAUAUAAAAUGAAUGAUCUCGAGUAGGCGAAAUGGGUCGCAAGUAAAAACAUGGAAGAUCGAUGGGAAGGAUUUCAAGUUGUAAGAAAAUCAGGUUAAACGGGAGACAAAUAUACGAAGUGCUGGGGGGAGGGAUUCCCUGUGAGAAAUCGUGAGAAAUGAAGAACCGGAGGGAAGGACGGUUGAACAAAGAGAUAUUGAUAGCCGAAGAUGAUGAACUUGAAGUAAGGCAUAAAAGAGGAAGCUUAUUGAUGAUGAAACAUGCAAUUAACUAAUCUUCGGUAUCGCAAUACAUUGCACGGGCUCCUACACUGUCCCAUGUUUUCAUCAAACCACCAAUUGUACCGGCAGAGAAUUUCUUAUACCCGAAGACCUUUCAAUGCAGACCCUUCAAUGGUCUAAUUACACGGGACUCGGAGUGCAUCCUGAACAUAUCAGCUACCUUCUGAUCGACAUCAGCGAAGGCAUCAAAAUCAAGGAAUCCUAUUGCUGAAGAAACAUGAAGCAUAGAGAGAGAGAGAGAGAGAGUACACAGCAAACGUAAAAUCGUAGACAGGGUGGAAAGCAGUACAGGUAUACCAAAGAGGGAGAGAACGAUAUCGCCGACCACAGAGAUAAAGAAGAGAGGAAAAGGAAGGCAGAGUAACCGAGAAUCAACGGGAGCGACGGGGAGGGACGAAAGGUGGCGUGGGGGGAGAGAGUGUGGUGUAGAGGUGACGUCACGUCGGGUCGAUACUCACCCACACUCCGUACCCCGGCAUCGUCGUAAACGAGGGGGCGCAGGCGCCGCCUCGUACGCUCCUGAGAGUGCUCCUUCCCGCCAUAUUAGCCAGCAUGGGGUAGGCGAGGAUGUGCGACAGGGGUGGCUCGGGCUGCUUCUUCUCCCGUAAGGUAAUCCGCGUUACCGUGUCGCGUGGCCAGUCGGUUGUUCGAGUCGCGUGGUGUCCAUUGGCCACGAUAAUUAGUCAAUUAAGGUCAGAAGGGUGAGCGAAACAGGAAGGGCGUACCGGCCCUGGUCCCGGCGGUUCUCUCUCUCUCUCUCUUUCUCUCUCUUAGUUCACGUUCCUCCGAUCCUUGAAGCCUGUGCACGAGAACGCAUGGAUACGGGGACUGGCACGAAACUAACUAGCAUUGGGCUGAGAACGGAUGGUGAGAUCGACAAACGUAAAGAGGAACGAUCCUGGACACAGGAAACGGCAUUGGAGAGGGGCGCAGAAGGCUCGAAGGGUGAGGAGCUCGCCGCUGGGUUUCCCGAGGACACCUCGAACAAAAGGGGUUGCAAAUCGGCCGCGCAAGUGUGGAUGUCUUUAUUGUCCCUGUGCGACCGGAUGUGCGGAUCCACCGCGUGGCUCGUCCUCUUCACAUGCCUCCACGGGGAGGGCCGGGGGGAAGUGACAGACAUAAGCGCAAGUCCUGGAAGGCAAGCACCUGCCAACCAGUUGCGCCCCAAGGAGCCACCCCCCAUGGUUAUUCAGGGAGACUUCAGGAAGGUGAGCGGGAUCAGUACGGAGAUCUUCAAGCAGAUAGAGACCGUCGAAAACGAUCAUGACGCCUCGACAGCAGCGGCCCUUGAAGCUGUCGAACGAAGGGGCGAGAUGGUCGUCCGGGUCAUCGAGCCACGGCAAAUGGGCAGACAGGCGUCCGAGGCAGCAAAGAAGUUCAUUGCGAUGCAGGAUCCGAAGCACCCCAUCCACUUCGUUGAAAUAAUUAAAAGGCCAGGGCAAACGCUGGGGCUCUACAUACGCGAAGGGAACGGGGUCGACAGGAACGAUGGCGUCUUUAUCUCGAGGAUAGCCCUGGAGACCGCUGUCUACAACAGCGGCUGCCUCAAGGUUGGGGACGAGAUCCUUGCGGUGAAUCUGGUAGAUGUGACGCACAUGAGCUUGGACGACGUGGUGAUCAUCAUGUCGAUACCCAGGAGGCUCGUUCUGGCGACGAGGCACGGCCAGCAUCAGCCGGUGUCCCACAGCCGUCAGGCCGAGCACAAAGCACCGCCGGUCGUAGUGAUCAAAAGGGAGCUGAACGAGGACGAGAGUGAUCAUGCAACGAGCAAUCACGUCAGGGAUGGUAAUCGUAGACGCGGUGACGGUCGUGAAAUGCUGCCUUCCCGGUCGAGACUGGGUCUAACGGGCCUAGGUUCCAGCCAGGAUCUAGGAUCUAGUAACGGUGACCUAUACUAUAAUUCCAGACCGGAAGGACACUGGUCCUAUCAACCACCGCCGCCUCCUGUGAUCACACAUCAGCCAAAACCCUCUACAACUCAACAUUUCCAGCCCUAUGAGCGUGGAUAUCCAAAGACCUUGGAGAGUUUGGCUGAAAAAGAUUUCACAAAGGUACACUCCUUCUACACGGGGCCAGUAAUGCCCUCGAACGGUGGUCGUCGAAUGUCCACGGGGGCAGGAAUGCAGUCGGUUGGCAGUAGAUUGUCCAGUCAAACCCAGUCGUCGCAUUAUGGUAGUUACGGUCAGCACACUGGCAGUGGAAGAAUAAUGCCUAGAAGCGGUUCGGAUCAGCAUUUGCCUCGAGUCGACUACACCAGCAUCACUACACCUGCUCGACACACUCUUCUUAGAUCCAGCUUGAAGUCGGGAACAUCAGCGUUGAGAUACAACACCAGAUAUGGCACCCAAGGGGACAGUACAACGUCGGCCCAAAGGCAAGGUCAGUUCGGCACCCUGACAAGGAGGCAUCGACCCUCGUUGGACUACGCGUCCGACACCGAGGCAACGUGUUCCAGUUCACCGAAGUCUGCGUACUAUUACUACAGGCACAACAUGAAUAAUCCAUCUCAAAGCAGUGCUGUGUCGCACCUUGCCACCCUCUCCAGGUCGCAAAUUGGUCAGAGUUCCUCCGGUCUGAGAUCAAAUUCGUUGCCUCGCAGUGGCAGAACGUUGCCUCAGCAACCUGGUCUUAGAUCUGGACUUAGUACGGUAGCAUCAGGACUGAUAGAUCAGGAAGACAGCGAUGGAGCACUGUCAGCACCUGAAUUACCUUCCAUCAGACGUGACAGAGGAAGAAUACCGUCAUCACCCAGUGUGUUCACAUCGGAUGAAUACAGAGCAUGGCUGAGUAGAACGCCAAGCACCAGUGCGUUGUACGAACAGAUCAGAGCUACUACGGCUAGACCACCGCGUUACACUUAUAGUGCAGAAAAUAUUCAUGCAGCUGCGAAUCAAGGUGAAUAUGGAAGUUACGGCGGGUACAGACCACUCUCCAGCACGCUCGAUCGUCUCUCGACGAGGUCAGCCUCGGCUCAACAAGUGAACCUAGCCAAUCUGAGAGCAUCGACAGCGAUCAGUUCAACGUGCCAUCGUGGAACGACGAAUCCAAGACCGGCCUCGGUUGCGUCGAGUGCUCGUACAUCGUUGACGAGUCAAAAGCCAUCGUUGAGUAGCUCAGCCACUCAGAGGGCGACCUCGGUUAGGAGAAUCAGGAACUUAUUGGACCUAGAGUCCACGAGAAGCAUACCCACCCCAACGCCUACCAGAACUCAGGAUCAAAGACUGCUAGAUAUUAAUCCUGCAGAGUUCCUCAAAUAUAAAAUAGAAAAACCGCCAACUGUAGGGACUCCGAGCUCGACCAGCUCUCUCUUGAGUUCGCUCGGGGAAACGAGUAGCGGUGACCUGGCUGGUGGUAUCAGUGGAUUGCUAUGGGUCCAUCUUCUUGCUGGACGUGGUCUUCGUUCGACGACGUCCUCUUCGGCAGCUACCACACCCUCGACACCAUCAGGUCAGCCUAAUUUAGCUAGCUGUGGCUUAAGAGACUUGUAUUGCGUGCUGGAGUGCGACAGGGUGCACAAAGCAAGAACAGUGGUGCGAACCGGUGACCUGAUGUUCGACUGGGACGAGACCUUCGAGCUGGACCUCGUUGGCAACCGGCAACUGGACCUGCUCGUCUAUUCCUGGGAUCCUCAGUAUAGGCAUAAACUUUGUUACAAGGGCUCGGUGCACCUAGCGAGCCUCCUGAAGGAAUCGCCUCUUCAACAGCUGGCUGUCAAGGUCGAGCCACGUGGCACGAUCUACUUAAGACUGCGAUACAUUGAUGCUCAGCAAACGUUCCGAAGGAGAGGACUUCCAGUCAUAUCUUUGGCCACCAGAGUUGCACCUCUCUUUGGAGUUGAUCUUGACACAGUGGUGAGCCGAGAGAGUAAAACUGGCGGAGUUCCUGGAGGUGUUUCCACCGCCCUGGCGAUGGGUGUUCCAAACGUACCUAUAAUUGUCUGGCGCUGCGUCGAGGAAGUUGAGAGAAGAGGUCUCGAUAUCAUCGGUUUGUACAGGCUUUGUGGAUCAGCGACCAAGAAGAGGAUACUUAGAGAAGCCUUUGAAAGGAAUGCUCGUUCAGUGAAUCUGUCACCUGAUAAUGUACCAGAUAUCAACGUUAUUACUGGUGUGCUGAAGGAUUACCUACGAGAACUUCCUGAACCACUUUUCACAAAGUGCCUCUACCAAAUGAUGGUCGAUGCACUGGCCGUCUGUUUACCAGAUGAUCCACAAGGCAGCGCCAAACUCAUGUUCAGUAUACUCGACUGUUUGCCAAAAGUGAACAGGUGCACGUUAAUUUACUUGUUGGACCACUUGGCAAUGGUGGUGUCGCAGUGCAACAAAAUGUCACCAGCAAGUCUGGCAGUCUGUUUCGGGCCAGUUUUGAUGUUACAUUCCGAGGAGAAUGGGCCACCGUUAGACUUCCAACAGCCAAUAGCUGUACUCAAGUAUCUCCUUGAAAUAUGGCCCGUUAAGUCAGUUCGGAAGAUUUCUUCAGUCGCUUCAGCGCUUCCUCGAGUUACGCAACAAGCAGAGCACAACAACAGUCAACACCAAAUGCAGCAGCAUCAGCAGCAGCAACAGCAGCAGCAACAGGUGCCGCAUCAAAUGCAGGGAACAUUGGGACGAACAGGGCUGCCCUGGCAGCAGCAACACUCACUUCAUCAACAGCCCCCAACUUCAACAGCCGCGGUUCUCGCGGCCUCCACUCGUCCUCCACCACCGGUCAAGCCUCGACAGGUGAUAGUCUCGUCUCCCGGUUCACCUAGCAGCGAGGAGUCGGAAGCCUCGCCGGAGCCAAUUAACAAGAGCCUCAUGGGUGGCCUGGGACUCGAGAAGGGCAACGAAGGGGUCACGACCAACUCGGCUGGCCCUGGAACAGAACAAAUCACUCCGUCAAGCAGCGUCGACACCGAAGAGGGAAAUACACCGCAUCAGGAAGAAGGCGAAAAAGGCGUGGAGGGCGACGCUGAAGCCAGCGACGACGAUCGACACCAGCACGUACCCAAGACGCAUUAGAAUCUUCUUCAAAUACACGAGGAUCGAGUCGGGGGUGCGCGUCCUGAAUAGUUUGAAUGUCUCACUUUCCAUUCAUCGUUUGAACAAUCUUUCGAUACUUUUCAAGGGUCAAACUUCGUUUUAGAGGAGCAGAAAUUAAUGGUUCCAAAAUAUGUAGUCUUGUAGUUUUUGACCUGAAACAUUCGAAAAUGCAAGUUAAAAAUGGUUUUAAAAAUACAAUUGUGUAAAAAUGUACGUAUUUAGUGAUGUUUGACAGAUCAGUACGACGCCAUAUUGUUUCUACGCAUUCUCUGAUUGGUUCGCUGAAAUGACUAACUUCCGCUUACUUUAUUUAAAAACAUAUUGCUUCUUGAUUGCUGCUAUCAAAAAAUCCAUAAGAUGUGUUUCGUUAAUUUUACGAAACCUACGCCACAAAAAUUCACAUAGGCGAUCGGUAAAGUCUUCGUCGUGGAAGCGACUCCGAAGUUCGAUUUCGAAUGUAUGCGCGAACCAAUCUGAAGAUAGCUAGAAGCAAUAUGGCGUUGUACUAACCUGUCAAAGUCGAAAACUGUAUUCGAUACUUUCAUGUGUACUAAAGAAGAUUUGAUACUUUUUAUUCAACAAUUUUUGGUUCCCUAAGACGAAGUGCAGCCUUUCCUAUGAUUGAUGCUUCAGUUUUGCCCAACGCUGAUGACACUGAAUACAGACACGUUUUACACGAUUAUUAACGAGAAUUUGAAGCUUGUUAAACUAGGAGAGGAUUUUGUUAUUUGCAAAUGAUUCAGGGAAGGAAGAAUGAACUCAGCGCAUCAAGUUACAUGUAUGCUCUUCUAAAAGGAUACGUUCAAACGAUAACGAACGUGCAACUAUGAUAAAUCAAGGCUGAAUUUUGUCGCCAGACGCACAAUAAAAGCGACCAUUGUUUUCCAAACGUGGAACGAUACGCAUAAUGGGACCACUGCGAAUAUUCGUUAAAAAAUCUUCGCGAUUAAAGAAUAUCUAACGCUGAAAUUGACGAUCUGACGACCGACUGGAAGCCUUUUACAUGUUCUUCAUAAAAAUUCAUUUGAUAAUCAUUCACCGGUGAGAUAUCUGUCGAGUAACACACCAAAGAAAACUGCUAACUAACGUUACAGUGAUGUUCAUGGAAGGAUUUCACUCUUUGGCUGCAAACUGAAGAGUUCGUUGUAAGUCUGACGCAUCUUUCUUCAAGCACAAAUAUCGUAGAAGAAAAUAUAAAACCAUGUAAAGUUCUUUUCUACAUUGAAGAUCCCGCCAAAGCUUCUCUCAGAAGACCAGCAUUGAUUGGAGUGAUACGAUUGAUGAGCAGAAACUGAAGAAACAGAAAGGAACGUACAGGGAACAUCUGAGAUCGUCCCAUGUGUCUUGGAACUGCACAAAUUUACAAAAAGCGACUGAAAAACAAAUUAUCCAAAUUAUUAAAAAAUUCUCUAAACAAAGGGACGGAGACGAGUGUUUGGUUAGACCCAACGAUUCACCGCGCACACCCUCAGCUCAAAGAGGCACAUCGCUUCUGCAGUUGAUCUUUCAAUGAAAUUCAAGGUAUUUCCCGGCUGCUCGAGGUUCAGAGAUCAUAAUUUAAACAGUUCCGGUACGUUUCUUCACCGGCUGCAGAAGAAAGGCGACAAAGACUGAUCACACUGAAGGAAUAAAAGAGAACGGUGCACGAGGGGGGGGGGGGGCAGGAAAGCGAAACGAGGAAGAAAUAUGAGAAAUAACGUAAACACAUAACAAAACAAAUUACACAAACACAACGGUCGAUUUAUAUACAAUAUACUAUAUAAAUAUAUAUAUAUACAUAUUAUAUAUACACACAUAGGCUAGUUACGAUAUACAUGUGCUUUUGAUAAAAAAUUAUUACUUGUAGAGGUUAGCUAGCCCUCGUAUACAGAAACACGAUGGAACUGCUGAAGUACACGACGCCUGCGUCCACGUAUACGAAUGAGAAAGAAACGAGGCACUGGGUAUAAGUGCACGCAGAUGCUGAUAAAUAAAUAUAACACAUAAAGAUAUUCAGGAGCUGAGAAACCGACUCCAAACACUUCUUGUACAUGUUGACAAUAGGAAACUGACGAACUGAGAGUGAAGACAAUGGAAGGACGAGGUGGAUCGAAAAAAGGGGAAGUAACUAAAAAAGGAAAGUAGUCGAACUCACCGAGAAACGAUAAUAAUUACAAGUAAAAGAAAAAUGAAACAAAGUUAAUUGUAACUUGUAAACGACUAAACAUAGCCAGUAUUAUAUUGUGUACGUAAAGAAGAAAACAUUUAACGAGGACGAACCGGAGUUCGUUUGUUCUACGAUAUCGUCGACGGGGACACGAGCGACAACUCGACUAUUAUUGCUAUUAUUAUUGUUAGUUGGUAAUAUAUAUAAAUAAACUGUUCGCAUAUAUGCGGGGUGAAUUGUCAGACAUUGUCAUUUGAGUUAAUUUCUUUUUGUUGAUUCACUUGGGAAGAGCCGAACAGCUAAUUUGUUAUAUUUUUGUUGUUCUAGUGUAUUGGUGUUUGUAGCGUAGAGAAUAAUUGAUUGUGAGAAGCAUCGUUUGGUUGGAGAUACAUGUUCCUAAAAUGAACAAUCAGAAAGUUAGUUUAUUUGACAAUUUCUAGCGAUUCACAGAGUUUGAAUGAAUAACUUUGUCUUUCUCAGAUGUUAUUGUUGAGAUAACAAAAACAUUUCAGACUGAACAAAGUUAUUGUUCAACUUCAUAUAAAUAAUGUAUAAAAUGCAUCGUAUGCAGGAUAAUGAUAACGCUAGGAUCAGUGGGUAUUUGUUAACCCUUUGGAGAAACGUUGCCUCUAAAUUACUAAAUAUUACUUUAACAAUAUAUUAAACUGUUCGUAAGCAAAACUUCCACUUCUCAUAUGGAAAUGAAAUGUUUGAAACAGUAUUUCACGCUAAUGAAAGUAUACUGUUGAAGAUAUUUAGAGCUUCAAGGGGUUGACUGUUAUUACCAUUGCUUUAUUUCGCUCGUGCCCUUGUAUGUGAAUGCAGUCUAUGUAAAUGUCACAAGAUAUAUGCAGCAUUUGUACAUCAGCAUUGUUCAGGAAUACGGAGUAAAUUCAAUUGGCAUCUUCAAAUGUUAAACUACGCUAAAUCUAAUUAUUUCUAAUUAAUAAGUUAUAAAUAUUUGAAAAAGUAAAAGCGUAACAUUUAUAAUAUUUUAAUAUCUUCAUUGGACAUUGCUGUUGCAACGUGCAAAUAUAUCUGUGCCCAUAAUGUAUUCAUAAUAUACGUGUGCAUAAAGAUACACACCAACGUAGUCAUUUCUUUUCUCACGCAGUGUUAUUUUUAUUAUGCCACCAGGAUGGUGUUUCUUUCGAGUAGACAAGAGUCAAGGAUUAUUGUAUAAUUCAUUGUACCAUACUAAUUAGUCGCAUCCUAAUUGUAUCGAACCCCCGACUGUUUCACUGUCGUUCGAUGUGUAAGCGCGAUGGAACGCCGGAUACCAUCUCCCCUUUCACGUUUCAGUGAAACAUUUCUGGAAAAUCUAGGUAGUUCCUAAACUUCUUCUGUACUUCAAAUAAUUAGGAGGUUAAAUGAAAAUUUACAAAAAGUCUGAAAAGCUAUAAGCUUGGAAUAUUACAAUGAGAUGUAGGAACUACCUAUUGUCUGAACUGCAGUUAAUAUUAAUUUUUUUAAUCAUAUACACUAUGAAACUAUAUUAUUACCUUUUAUAUUUGUACCAUUACUUUGUACUUUUUCUAUUCAAUGCGAUGAGUGAUAAGUAUACAGUGGAAAAUGACUGUAACAAAUUUUUACCAUUACCAAAAGAUUUCCAUGAAACAUUGCAACAAAUAUGCUUCAUGAAAAUGUUGCAAUAAAAGAAUACUGUAAUAGGAAAUAUUACAGAAACUGGUGUAAAGAUGAGAAAUAUUAAAGGAAAUAAGUAGAACAGUAGGAGAUACUGUAAUGCACAAUAAUAUUGCAGUAGAAAUAACUGCAAGAAACUGUAUAAUCAGGCCCAAUAAGAAAACCGAAUUUGCUCUUUUUAAAGGAGUCAUCCUAUACCGACUGACCAGAAUAUUUGUACAUAAGUGUAGUUCAUUAAAGACUUUGGAUGUCAUCCUAAAAAAGUAAAACGUUCCGGCGUCCGGCGUUCCUCGACGUUCCUAAUUUUAAAAUAAUAACAAUGAAAUCACGCGUCCAAAAAUGACAAAAAAAAAAGACAACACAUAACGCGUACCAUUAAUUAUACGUGAAAGCACACUGCCGCAAUUUUGUAUGAUUAACUGUUGUUAUAUAUACACCUAUACCUAUAUAUUAUGCUACGUAUACAUAAUUAUUAAUUGAGAAUGAGUGAUACGCAUCCAUCGAAGGAUUCCCAAGUUACAGGCUGAAACUUUCCAACGGAAGGUAUCUUCUAUUCAAAAAUGACAAACAGAUUGACUAGCAGAAGCAACAAUGUGACAAUCAGUUAACUAAUAUCCACUAGAAACUUAGUUGAUCUGUAAGGAAAAAAAUUUUAUUUUAUUUUAAACAUCUCCAAUACAAAGACACACUCGAUAAGAAUAAUUACCAUGUGAUGAGACAUGGAUAUCCCAGCUUGAAAAGGGAAACCCUUCGAAGGAUGGUGUGUCGCUCUGAAACAACCCCUUGAUUGAAGAAAGCUGAGCGAAGGAACUAAGUCUGACACGUAAUGGCUCUCCAAUUCCUUUUCGCCAAUAUCUUUCUUUCCUCGUUCACUAUGAACCUUCUGAGCGCACACUUCAUCAACCUCCUGCAUCGUACCUCUAAGUGAUGCCACUUGUCAUAGAAAAUUGUUAUAGGUGCGAUUGGGGGUGAUCAGAUGGUCCAAGGAGAAAUAGCAACCCUUUGCAAUCGUUCAAAACUGUUACUUGAAAUCUUUGCUUUUAUAUUUUCUGCUCUCUUAAGAAGAAUCAAUGAUUAGCUUUCAGUGAAGCAAACUGAAGAAAUCCAAUUGCAAAGGGUUGAAGGGUCUCAUGGAACAAUGGUGUUCGGUUAGUUUCUCGCUUCACAACGAAACUUCAGGGAGAGAAAGGCCAAGAACUGCGUGCUUUUAUCAGGAUACACUGGUUCGAUGAAACAGAACCUAAUGAAGAUGAAGAAAAGAAGAGAAGAGACCAGAGGAGACAAAUGAAGUAGAAUAGAUACGAGGGUGGACAAAUUAAAGCGAAGGGGCUUUACGUCGAUAUAAGAAUAUAAUUUUUUAUUGUGCUCGCAUUACCUGAUUCUCUUGUGCAAUCGCGUUUUAUGGAACACACCAUCAGGACAGAAGAAACGAACGAUAACCCAGCGGCUUGUAUUUUCUACCGUGGCACACGAUCUUUCAACAAUUUUAUUCUUCUUUAUGACAACCCAGCGAUAUUUUAUAGGUCGAUGAUUUUGAUAAGCUCCUGUGCAUCUUUUCCUCUGGAGAAAAAUACUUGUGCUUCUCCUGCUGGUACCAUGAUUCGUCGAAGCAGAGCCGUUGAACUUUAAACCUGAAACUGAAGAAGAAAAACUGUUGAAGAGAAGAAACAUCUGGUGAAUAACAGAGUUUUGUUCUGCGACAGAAGUACAAGUAAUAAAUUUUCUUUUAGAGACUGUUAGUAGACAGCGAAGCACCUUGGUGAUUGAUUAAUGCCUUUCGCAGGGGAGAAACUUGAAUAGAAGAUGAAAAUUCAAAGGGAAGAAAGGUAGGGAAGAACCUUUUAUCUAUUAAAACUGAGAUAACAGAAAAGUUUGGAUGAAGAAAUUGAAAAAGGUAAGCGAGGAAGAUCUGAAGAAAAGAAUAAUCUUAAACUUGAAUUUCUUUUCAAUCACCUGUUCGACGGCUCUGGAUAUUCACCCCGCACAAUAAGAUUCGAGGAGGAUGCUUUUCUACUGUUUUCAGAGUAAACAGUAUUAGUUUCUUCAAUGACUCAUGGGUACCAACAUUGUUUCUGAUUUCCCCGCGUUACAACAGGUCUUUUUAAUCGUCGAAUCCUAGCUAACGUAUAUACGAUGGACCACGUUUGUCAUACUGAAAGAUUAAAAAAAAAAA